CUCUCUCUCUCUGAACUCGGUUCAGUGUGCUCUGCGAUCAAAAUCCUCACACUGGAUUGAGUAUCUAAUGGGAAGUGACAAGCCAAACACUGAGGAUAUUGAGCCGACUGAAGCUGCUGACUGGAGUAAGAUUUUUCACAAUAGUAAUAGUGUUGGAGCUGAUUGUAUGUCCUUCCCCUAUAUGCCUUUGCCAGACGGUCCUCAUUAUCAGUCUUACGCACAUGACAUUCGUGAGACAGGUGGCAAUUUGAUGGCUGACUUCAUGAAGGUUAAUAGCUUGCAAAAUGCUCCGAUCGACCCAAAUACUAUAAACCCCAGGUAUAACUUUCCUAGAUUCGUCAGAGGAUCGGAUAUUUCACCUCCUGUAGAGAACCUGAGAGAGAUGCAUCAACCAGUCAAUCAUGACAAUAUGGUAACUUAUGAGAAUGAGAUGAUUGGUGGGCACCAUUUAGGUAGCUUCCGGAGCCCUCAGAUGAAUAGAAGAUUCAUGCCAAUGAGUAGUAUUGCAGCUGGAACUUAUCAAAUGAGCGGACAGGGUGGAGAAGCAGAAAUUGGUUCUACAAACGAGCCACAGAUCAACAGAAACUUUGUUGACAUAGGAUGUAGCACACCUAUGUUGUACCAUACACAUAAUUUUGGGGAAAUUGGAACUGAUAAUAAUGUCAAGGUCAGCGAAGUUCAAGUCAGUUGUCUAGAAGGCAUUGAUGGAAGUUUCCUGACCCUUGGAAUUGGAGAUAGGAAGGAAACCAGAUCCAAACCUGAAUUCGAUAGCUGGGAGAUUGCUAGAAAACUAAAUGAAACAUCUCCACAUUUCUGCAAUUCCCAGGUUCAACAAACUACUAGAAUUGGAGGCAAGACAGAGACCAGAUCUAAAUCUAAAUUUGACACACGACAGAUUGCUAGUAAACUUGAAGAAACUGUUUCUCUGGACUUCAGUACUCCCCAUGUUCAACAGACUAUUAGAAAUUCCUCAAGUAUGGGCCACAACUUGGCUGCUGACCAUUCAAGUCCGGUGUACACUGUGGAUGACUGGACCUCAUCUCACAAUGAUGCUGGGGUCAUACAUAGUGCCAAUCCUGGGCUAAGUUCAACUUCAUUACGCAAUAUACAAUCACUACAACGUGAUGUACGGAAUACUUUUUUCGUGCCCAGCAAUAGGAUUUCAGGUUUUGCAGGUAGAAAGGACGCAAGAACUGCAGAUUUAGAUCCUUAUCAAAUCUUUCAGUGUGAUCGAGCUCCAUCUUCAUUGCCAUUGAGCGGCACAUCAGCUGGAUUCCUUGGUCUUGGACACACUGGGUUUCCUGGGUUGGCAUUAGGACCAGCUAAUCCUUCAUGGAUCUCUACUCGACCAACAUCUAACCAACUGCAGGACUGUUAUAGUAAACAUGCAAAGAACUUUUUUUCAGAAUCUUCCAUGAAUUCAUCAUUUCUCAGCCACAGAGAAAGCUCCUCCAAGCAGGAUCAUCCAGGACAGCUAAUUCCAUGUUCAGAAGGCAGUACAACUCAGUCUUCUGAAAGUGGUCAACCCCUCAGGAGAAUAGGUGUUCAGCCAGUUGGACGGUUGUUUUCUGCUCAUGAGAUUAGUGAUGCUCAAGCUGCUGUGGGCAGGCAAGUGCCAAAGAGGUCUGGGGUUCAAGUUACUGAGGGUAGUGCUGCUCAAGCUGGUGCAAGUGGUCCAUUUCCCAAGAGGCUCGGAGUUCACUUUAAUGAGAGUGUUGCUGCUCAAAUUGCUGAAGCAGGUCCAUUUCCUAGGGGGAUGGGUCUUGAGACAUUUUAUAAUAUACAGCGAUCACAAGGCACUGGACCUGUUCAGCCUACUAAAAAUCUUCUAAGACCUCCUAUUGCUAUUGGUUGGCCUCAUGACAGUGUGCCUGCUCAAUUUUCUGUGGACCUUCAUGGACCCUCUUCUACUGCUGGUCGAUCUCAAGAUGCCGUGCCUGUUCAUGUUUCUAAGGAUUGUCUUAGACCUGUUUCCACUACUGGGCAAGGAAUUCCAGUUGCAAAAGCUAAGGGGGUUUCUCAGGCUUCUGAUGUUCUUGGUGCACGAUCUUUUAAGAGAGGUGCAAUCCAACCCCCUCCAGCUGCUCGUUGGGUUCAGCGCAGGAAGAUAACACCUCAACCAAUCAUUCAUCCUUCUAUGCCAUAUGCGACCCAGUCUGCUGCUCCUAUUCCUAUACCUGCUAUUGCUCCUGCUGCUGCGCAUAUAAAAUGGCAAGGUUUAGAUGGACGACCUCCUCAACCAACUGGACAUAAGUGCCUGAUAUGCAAGAGGGAUCUUUCUUUCACACCAGAUGGCCCCGUAUACCAGCCCGGUGUUGCACCUGCUGUUGCUGUACUUCCUUGUGGUCACACUUUUCAUGAUCAUUGCUUGCAGAUUAUCACUCCUGACGACCAAGUUAAAGAUCCUCCCUGCAUUCCUUGUGCCAUGGGUGAAACUUAAUUUUCUCUAGUUCUCUUCAUUUUUGGCAAUUUUUGAAGAAACGCACUACCUAAAUUUUUGCAGCAUUUAGGAAAGGAAGAGAAAGGGAAGUGGGGGAAGGGAGAAGAAAUGGAACUUUUGGCGAGAAACUAUUGAUCCAAGGUAUACUUAAUGUAACUGUACAUAAAAAUUGUGGGGAUGAUAGAUGUCGCCCUAUUUUAGAGAGCAGGCCAGGCCAGGCGGGACGGGGCGGGGGGAUGUCUCCGAAGGUUAUACAUGAUAGCACUUUCUAGCUAUGAAAUUUAACUUGCAUUCAAAUUAUUCUUAAUU